AAAAAAAAAAUAGAAAAUUCCAUAUACAGUUUAUACACUCGAUCACGUAGUAUGUAUGUGGAAACAAUGAUUCCUUUUUAAAAUGAAAAUUAAUUUAGUGGAUUAGUAUAAAAAUGGCUGAAGCCAUGUUAUCAAGAAGAGAAAGAGGGAAAUUUCGAGAGAAAAAAAAAACACGAAUUUGAACGAACAAACGAACGAAGGAAUUGAUAUGAUUCUGAAAAUUUAGGGUUGCAAAAGUAGAUUUCUACAAGUGAAAGUGAUUGAUGAAUUUCUUCGCUUUAAACACAUCCGAUCUCCUUCUUAAUUACUUACAGGAGUCAAAGCAUUUAAAUUUCUUCAAUUUGUGGAAUUCCCAGUUGAUUUCUCUCACCAAGAUACUGAAAUCGAUUCUUAUUGUAUAAAAAUGGGCGAUCAUUUCGUGUUUCUGGUUGAUCGGUUACUCACCGAGUCCACUUUAGAAGCUGCAAUCGAAAGCAGAAACCCUUCGUACCCUUUAUCUCCCGCCAUUGACACCAUGAUCGAUUGUUCUUCUCAUAUGGAUCAUCCUGAAACUCCUUUCACUCCUAGAAAAAUGGUGGAAUGCAGAAUUUGUCAGGAUGAGGAUUUUGAUUCGAAUAUGGAGACUCCUUGCUCUUGUUGUGGUAGCUUGAAGUAUGCUCAUCGCAAAUGUGUUCAACGAUGGUGUAACGAAAAGGGUGAUACCAUUUGCGAAAUAUGCCACCAGCAAUUCAAACCAGGGUAUACAGCACCACCUCCCGUAUUCCGAUUGGGCGUCAUUCCAGCAAAUAUAAGGGGGCAUUGGCAAAUUGCGAGAAGGGAUAUGAACGAUGAGACUCGAAUAAUUACAGUCGUUUCUUCUGAUCAUAAUUUACUCGAUCAGGAAUAUGAUGAGUAUGCAGAUUCCACUGCAAGAAGCAUUUUGUGUUUUCGUUCAGUUGCUAUCAUUUUCAUGAUUGUAUUGAUUUUGCGUAACACGUUACCUAUAUUUGCAAAUGGAGGGGCAAAUUACUCUUUACCAGUACUUCUGUUGUUACUCAUAAGAACUUCUGGAAUAAUUUUACCAAUUUAUCUCAUCUUAAGGGCCAUGUCAGCAUUGGUACAUAGGCGGCGCCACUUGGUGUCAAAUGGGUCAUCAUCGUCUUUUUCUUCUGAUGAUGAGGAAGCUGGUGCGACAUCAAUGCAAGGUGGUGGUGUUGAUUGAUGGGUUUGGGUCCAUUUGAAGUAUUUAUGGUCAACAAGACUCAAGAGGUCAAACCAUGUGAUUUGUGAAGGAAGUGUGUUCUUGAAAGUUGAAAGUGGUGUUCUAACUAGAACAAGGGGAACUUGUUAGUUAUGGGUUUGUUGCACGUGUACCCUUUAAAGUUAGAUCUCAAAAGCUUUGAAGAAUCGCAUUUUUUAGAAGAAAUCUUGAUGUACAGUUUGUUAAUUCAGGUUUCUAUAUGUAAGUGGUUCUUGGUAUUAGACAUGGUGGGAACUUGUUUAGAAUUAGAACACCACAUCUCGUAUAUAAGGGUAAAUUACAAUAUGGCAAAUUUGAAGUUGAUGGUUGAACUCUUGAUGAGUCUAUGUAAAAUGACUAAUAUUCCUUCCAA